CAUUCAUGCAUGGUUGUCUUUACGGAUUGCAUUCUUUUUUCUGCGAUUUUUAGUUUUUUGCUACAAUUUUGCAGCUAUUGAGUUAAACAAGAUAGUAAAUGGCAAUGACAGUAAUAGAAAUACCAUAUUAAUAUUGUAAAAGUGUUGUGUGGAAGCCACUUCAGUGUCUAUCGUCUUCAAUCUAUAUCGUAAACUGCGUAUCAUGUAACUUUUGUGGUUUAUUUUGCGGGAUAAAGCAUCAUUAUUCAUCUCGAGAAUCUUCCUGGCCAUGCUGUUCCUCAUAUAAUCUGCAACCAUGAGUUGGCUUCGCACCACGGGCCUCUCGUUCGCGCGCCAGCUAUCCAGGUCUCUCGACCCGAGGCACGACUAUGAGCCACAAGCCUGCUAUAACUCGUUCUGCAAGCAUUGGCAGCAAGCGCAUGAUAUUAUACUCAAGUCGCAGCCAAACCAUCUUCACGACGAUGUAUUAGGCGUAGUAAAUCACCUAGAACAGCUAGCUACACUUCUUGUCCUAGAAGCGAGAGCAAGGGAGAUCAACACAGCUACCAGCCCAGCCGCCUGCUUGGAGUACUUGCUCAGUGAAAACUUGUUGGAUAAGCUGUACGAGUGGGCUGUUUGUACUGGCAAAUACGAAAAUGCCGUGCGUUUGGAACAACUCAAGCUAUUCGGGAAUCUUAUCAGCCAUUACAGUGCACAGGUGAUAGCAGCGGAGCCAUUCUUAAGACCUCUAUUGAAGUUGCUGAGUGGUUUCCGAAAUGAAUUGCCACCGCCCAACCUUGAAAGUCAGCUGGUAUCGGUUCUGAACCAACUGUGCGUGGCGUUGAUGCAGAAUAUGAAAUUCCUAGACUUGUUCUUCCUCACGACGCACACACAUAAAGGAUCUCAAGCUGAGUUCAUAAUAGUCCGUCUCUUACUAGCAUCAGUGCAUCGAGAAGGCAGCACAGGUUCGGCCGCACGAGAUGCUCUGUUACUGUGUGCCAAGAUGUCUGCCAGAUGUCCACAGCUGGCGGACUUCAUGCUGUCUGGCAACACUUGUCCUGUGCUCGCUACUGGUCUAAGUGGUCUCUACUCCCUUCUGCCGCGUACCCUCAACGACAAGAUCUACCGGCUGACGCCUGACGAUGUCAACCAUGUACACAAGCUGACGCUCUUCAUAGAUUCUUUAGAGUUCUGCAACGCUGUGGCACAGGUAGCCCACCCAUCAAUAAAGAAGCACCUACUAGACCUGCUGUACCAAGGGUUCCUGGUACCUGUGAUGGGACCUGCACUGUUACAGACGAAGGCCCCGCGGUUGCAGAGCGGCGCCGCCGAGCAGGCCGCCGCCAUGGCCUACCUCGAGCUGCUGCUGCGCUGCGUCACCAGGGCCGGCCUGCUGCGGGCCGUGCUGCACUUCCUCGUGGUCUACGAGUAUGAUGGAGUCAGGGUGGUGGAUGUGCUGCUGAGAAGGUUGGAGGGGAAUUCUCAGCUAUCACUAGUCUCCCUAGCACUAAUGGAGACGCUUAUCGACCUGAACUGCGAAGACGUGAUGCUGGACCUGGUCUUCCGCCACCUCCUCAACGGUCACCACCUGAUGGUGGCCUACAGACACAAGAUAGCAGACCCGGAGCCCUACAGGGACGCCGCCGUCGCCUUCUUAGGCCUCUCGCCGCGAUGCUGUGCAAGGCCUAUGGAGAUGACAAAGCAGUGGAUAGAGGAGCUAGCCCUGACGGGGCGGCGAGUGCUGGACUUGCGCAGCGACGCCGAGCGACGCGGCAACGGCCUACACGACGAUAUCGCCAUGUCGCACUUUGUGCACGAGCUUAAAGUUAACUAUGGGAAUCCCAACGACACACUAUACGGCAACUUCCACGCUUACAUUUGCGAUUCACGAUUCGAAAUAGUUUCCCGCGUCCUCUCCUGCACCAACUGGACUUCCCGGUACGACAGCGUAACACCCCCAAAACGGGAAACCAACAACAAUACAAAAGACACUAAAGAAAUCGAUACAAUACCUACAACGAAAGAACAAGACAGCCUUAUAUCUUGUACUAGUGGGUACGAAACUAAGACCAGUGACAGUUCGGAAAAGGAACAACAUAGUUUGACGUCAUUGAAUGAGCAAGAGAGUGAAGUAAAGACCGAACAGCCGAGUGAAGGGAAAGAACAUGAUAGUUUGACGUCUAUAGGGGAGAGUAGUGGGUAUGAGAGCUUUAAGUACAAAGAUGUCGAUGAAGGAUUUGCGGAAGAGCUGUUUAUUAAGAGUUUCGUGAAAAGAGAUGCGAGGGAGUAUGAAGGAGAAGUGCCUUUGAUUAGGAGCUGGAGGGCCAGUGCUGAAUCUAUUAUUGGCCCACUUCUAGCCAGUCUCCUAAAGAAAACGGCGGCCCUGCUAGAAUCAGACGUGAUAGUGAACUGUAGAGUUACCAGCGUGGUUUCCAAAUUGGCGUCGUUGCCUACUCCCCUGCUGACCUCGCUGCUGCUGUGUCCAGGGUUCGUGCUGCAGCCUAACGUGCCUUCGUUGUUUCAAAUUCUAAGUAAACUAAAAGAGGAAGUGGACGAAUUAACAGAAGGCAUAGAGAACAGUGGAGAGCUUGUGGACAAGGCGCGAGUUUUCCUCAUACAGCGAGAGAUGGCGCUAGUCAAGACGCGGGGCCAGACUAACGAUGAAAGUCACGGCCACGAUACUACUGUUGCUAAAAUAGAUGACUCGCCAUUCCGGCGCAUGGAGUCUAAACGAAGAAGUUUGUCCAACAGUCUCUCCCAUAUGUUCGGGAGGAGAUUGUCUUCCUCGUCCCCCUCGCAAAACAACGCACACAGUCCACAAAGCAAUUCCCACGCCAGUCCACAAAAACGACCGAUCUUCACACAAGACGCAUACUGGAACCAAUCCAUCACCCUCCGCUCUGUUCUAAACGCAGUCAUACUCGACGAGUGGCUCAAAGAAUUAGCGGCGUUAUGCGAAGAACAUGCCUUAAGGCUUUCAGCAGGGAACUACGAAGACGACAGUUACAUACACGCAGUAGCUUUAUGACUGAGAGCCAACACCGCUGCAGGUAUGUACGUAAAAAGAAACGCCACCAGCGGAAAAACAAAAGACACAUUCGUUUAAAACCCACGUCGAAAUUCGAACGUGAAUCGCCAUAAUAAAGUUACUCGAGUAACUAACGAUUUUUUAGUCGAUUUUUAUGUAAUGUUCGGCAUGAUUGAUUCAGUGAAGUUUGUAAUCGACUAAAUAUUUUUAGGUAAUUGUGUAGUGAAGUACACACGAAUGUCGUUGUGGGAGUGUUCUCACUAAAUAGUCCAAGAAGUGUUUUUGAAACAUGUGAUGAUCCACCGUAGGUGUUGAGAGUUGCCUUCUAAGUAUAGAACGUAUACAACGUUAUGUAAAUAUUUAAAACUAAGAUUGGACCGUUUUUAUGAUGUGUGAGGAUACCAGAACAUUAGCGGUUUUUUACUCGUUUUUGUAAGACACAUUUCAUUGUGGCCUGAAUUAUAAAGUAGUUUAGAUGUCAAUUAUUAACAGUAUUUAAUGCCAAUCUUGGCUUAUUCAUAGUAGUGAAUUCAUUCAAGAAUCAGUAGAGAUUUUUUAAAAGCAUUUAAAAAGCACGAUGACAGUAUCAAAGAUGGAUGAUUAAAAAAAACAAAAUCGUUAAUGUUCAAAAAAUAGUUUGAAUGUCUUAGACGUGAUGUUGAACAAAAAUUUGCAUAAUAAUUGAUUAUUUUAGAUGGUACCGCGUGUACUCGUUUUUUAGUUUUUGUAGUAAGCAUCACAUACUUAAUCUAAGUACCUAACUUUACUAGAAUAAUAUUAGUUGCAAUUAUAUUUAACGUUUUAACUGGAUUGCCAUCAACGUAAUUUUGAACUGUGAUUAUUGUAAUGUUCAAAAAAUUUGGUAAAUAUUUAUUGUGAAAAUGAAACAAAUUACGGUUUGGUCUGUGCGUUUUUCUAUUAAUUCUAUUUUAAUAUAAUUUAUGUUUUUAACUAUUUAUGUUAUGUAGA